GUGGGACAGGCACGGUGCUGGCAGCCAGCCCCAGAGCCCCGUCUGGCUGGCAGGGGGAUCCGUGUGGGGUACACCCCCGACGUGCACCGACGCCACCGCUGAGCUGUCCGUGGCCCUGCUGCUGGCCGCCUGCCGCCGGCUGCCGGAGGCGACCGAGCAGGUGAAGAGUGGGGCUGGACAACGUGGAAGCCCCUGUGGAUGUGUGGGUACGGCCUGUCCGACAGCACCGUGGGCAUCAUCGGGCUGGGCAGGAUAGGACAGGCAGUUGCCCGGCGCCUGAAGCCGUUUGGGGUCAGGAAGUUUCUGUACACUGGCAGUGGCCCAAAACCGGAGAGUGCGGCAGAGUUUGGGGCUGAGUUCGUCCCUCUCACGAGGCUGGCCGAGGAGUCAGACUUUGUAGUGGUGACUUGUGCCCUGACGCCAGCUACCCAGGGGAUGUGCAACAAGGACUUCUUUGGCAGGAUGAAGAAGACUUCUGUGUUCAUCAACACAAGCAGGGGGGCUGUGGUGAACCAGGAGGACCUGUACGAGGCACUGGCCCAUGGCCAGAUCGCAGCUGCCGGCCUGGACGUGACCACUCCGGAGCCACUGCCCACUGACCACCCCCUGCUGUCCCUCAAGAACUGUGUGAUCCUGCCGCACAUCGGGAGCGCCACGUACGCCACCAGGAGCACCAUGGCAGUGCUGGCAGCCAACAACCUGCUGGCUGGGCUGCGAGGGGAGCCCAUGCCCCACGAGCUGAAGCUGUGAUGGCCAGGCCCUGCUCCAGCUGAAGCUGUGAUGGCCAGGCCCUGCUCCAGCAGUCGUGGGACGGACGCGGCGUCGAGGCCAGCCUGCGUCCCCUCCCCUGCGGUGGCCAGGAGCCAUUAAAGAGAAGC